CCAAUCAAAUGUAAUAAAUCUUGCCUGAUAAGAUUUGUGCCUUAUUUAGUUGUGGAAUCAACAAACCUUUCUUUUUCUUGUUGUGUCCUUUUCAAGCCUUCAAACGCGCAUCAGCGGAUGCUGUCGGGUUAACGCUGACAACGCAAAUACUCGCGUCCCCCCUCUCUGUUACGCCCCCUGUUGUGAUUGCUGCGUGUGUUUGCUCUGCGUGACCGGCCUACCGGUGCUGUCAGCGUGCGCGUGUGUGGACGGUGCUGCCUCCGCGAGAGAGGAGUGAGCCGUGUGUUGAAGCUUUAUUCUGAUCCUAUGCGGAUUUCAUCACUGACUCCCUGGUUAAGACGGGCUCGCAUCAUCCUGGGUAGGCCGGGACGCAGGUACCGACAUCCCUGUUAAGGAUUUGUCAACUCCGCACUGUUCUGCACCCACUCGGGAUUCGCAGGAUAGUGGUGCCGGGAGGAUAUUUGCGCGUAAACCGCUGAGCAAAUUUUAUCGACGGCGGGGACUUGGGAGAGGAGAAAAGCAGAGAGGAUGCUCGGUUGACCAGGAAGGGGAUGAGCAGAAGGCAUGGGGCAUGUUGUAACAGUUGACAGAGAAGAGGAGCUUUCCAUGGCAUAGCCACCUCCCUCUCCUCCUUCCAUCCACAGCUUCCCUCUCAUCCCCUCUCCUAACCUAUAGAGCAUAUACUUUUCACUUUCUCUCCAUCACGUGUCACCAUGACAACCUCAGCCCUGCGCCGGCAGGUGAAGAACAUUGUUCACAACUAUUCAGAAGCGGAGAUUAAGGUCCGUGAGGCCACUUCAAAUGACCCAUGGGGCCCAUCCUCGUCUCUCAUGUCAGAGAUCGCUGAUUUGACCUUCAAUGUGGUGGCAUUUGCUGAGGUCAUGGGUAUGGUGUGGAAACGACUCAAUGACAGUGGCAAGAACUGGAGACAUGUCUACAAGGCUCUGACCCUGCUGGAUUACCUGCUGAAGACAGGAUCAGAAAGAGUGGCCCAACAGUGCCGGGAGAACGCAUUCUCUAUUCAGACGCUGCGGGACUUUCAGUAUGUGGACCGGGAUGGCAGAGACCAGGGGGCAAAUGUGCGGGAAAAAGCACGCCAACUAGUGUGUCUGCUGCGGGACGAGGAGCGGCUCCGCCAGGAGCGAAGUCAAGCCCUGAAGACCAAGGAGCGAAUGGCUGGGGGAGGCACUGGAGGGGGUGGGGGUGUGUAUGGAGGUAUUCCCCCAUCUUAUCACCCAGGGAGACGAACAAGUCAGCCCAGCAUGGCUGUGCUGUAUGGUGAAGAAUUUAGCCGCUCCAGAGGCUCUCCAUCCUCCUUCAACUCCUCAUCUUCGUCUCCUCGCGCAGCCUCAGACCUGGAGCAGGCUCGACCGCAGACCAGCGGGGAGGAGGAGCUGCAGCUCCAGCUGGCUUUAGCCAUGAGCAGGGAGGAGAGUCAGAAGGAGCAGCGUUGUCGUCAAGGAGACGACUCACUGCUACAGAAGGCACUGGAUGAGAGCAGGCGAGAGAGCCAGUCAGGGACACACGAGUCUGCUAUGUUGGACCUGGUGGACAUAUUUGGGCCUUCCUCUGAACCACAGCCCCCUCCUAGUGAUCCUUGGAACUCAGCUGAACCCUCCUGUAACGCCACUUCAGACCCCUGGGACUCUGUAGCAGUCCACUCCAGUACUCCUGUGGUUGGUAGCCCCUGGAAGGCUCCUACCUCCUCCUCUAACACAUCUGACCCUUGGGCUCCAUGUGCCAACUCAUGCACAGAUACCUGGGAGGCAGGACCUGCACCUUCAAGCCCUCUCAACAAUGCUUGGGACAGCCCAACAGAUGGGGACGGUGAUGGGACAGAUCCUUUCACUGCACAAGAAGGGGAGAAAUCCAAACAGGAGGUUCCCAGAGUGUCCUCCCCUCAACCUGCCAGCCCAACAGAUGAGGAGUUAUUUGGAAUAAAACAAGAACUUGACCUGUUCCCUGAGCAAAACUCCAACCCGGAUCCAUUUGGACCAGAUCCGCCUUUUAAACCGCAGGUAAACGGACGGGAAUCCGCCAGCCCGGAGAUGUUUGAUCUGUCCAGGCUAGCUCCCCCUCUCAGUGCCCCACCUACACGUGUGUGCCGGACACCAGAGGCUUUCUUGGGACCUACCGGGGCAUCACUGGUCAAUUUGGACACUUUGAUACCCCCCAACCCCCCUAGCAAGACGCACAAUAACCCAUUCCUCUCAGGUCUGAGCGCACCAUCUCCCACCAAUCCGUUCCACUGCGACCAGCCGCGCCUCACCCUCAACCAAAUGCGACCAUCCUCCACCUCUCCACUACCUCCCCACAUGCUCUCCUACAGUCCAUCGUUGCCCCUCCCUCUGCUCCACCAGCCACCAGUCCUUCCUUCCUCCCUCACGCAACCUCCCGCUGGACUUCUGGACCUCCCCUCUAACCUCCCACAGCCCCUGCUCCCUCUGUCUCCACGGCCAGCACCUCGCCCUCACUCACAGACACACAGCCACAAUCCUUUCCUCUGAGACUCCCCCAUCCUCCUCCCUCUGGUCUACAGAGGAAGAUGACAAAAUGGACUCUUUUUGGAUUCAUCUAUGCUAACUAGAGUGAGACUAGUGGAACUGAGCUUGAACUGAGUCCUGGUCAGAUGUCAUUGUGCACACUUGAAGUGGAUAAAACUCAGAUAGGAUGUAUUUGUGUCUGCAUAAAGACACAUCAGCUGCUAUAUAACCUAAAAUGUUAAAAAAAAAAGCUCUCUCACUCAUGCUCAUGCACACACAAAAACAUGCACUCAGGCUCACUUCAGGAUGCACACAAAUAUGUACGCAACACCAAACUGACAGGGUGUGUCUAAACAGUCCCUUUGAUGCCUUUACCUCAUCAACAGUGACAACUCCAAACACCCCUUGACCACAGAUCUGUUCCUUUUGAAGAUUGGGAUGAAGCCACACACAUUAAUGAUUGUCCACCAAGGUUCAUCAGGUUCCUUACUGCUGCUUCACCGACAAAAGCAUGAAUGCCUCCCACCCCAAGACUAUAAACUAUUCUGUUAUUUUGAGCACCUGAAAUCAGUCCCUCAAAUAGAUCCCUUCUUAUCUGAUGAAUCAAACAGUAUCUUGAACUGUCUUUCUCCAAAAAAAAGUCCAAAAUUGCAAGACUCAAGAAAGCACAGAGCUCUGCUCAAGAACUAAUUGACUCCUUUCCACAUUUACAUAAUGAUGUGUAGUAUGCAUUGCCUUGUUAUCUUGCAAGCUCAAUAGCAUCUGAUUCUAAGUUAGCUCAGACAAGUAGCCCCAUUGUUGAGUCCAGUGCUGAAUCCAGCUGGACUAAGCCAGCUCACGAUAAAUCUUUCCGUUUUAAUCUGGACCUAUGUUGAUCUCUGAUUGUACCCGUGCCUGUUUCCACAGCUGAUUCACAACACAUUCCCUGCAUCGUUCAGGAGGACCUCAGGGAGACCACUCUGUCCCUCCUUCAGUAAGAUUUGACCUUAUUCGUGGAAAACUGUUUGAUACAGAAAAUUAAAUACGGGCAGUUCAGUGAUUAUAUGUCAGAUAGAAAUGCAGGAUAAGCAGAGAAGGUAAAAGGAGGAGGGCGGAGCAAAUAUGAGAUCAAUCAAAUGAAAGUAAAGGGAUUACAGAUGGUAAACUGAUGUACUGCCUCUUAAUUGUUUCUGUGUUGAGGACAAGAUUAUCUGACAUGAAUCAGAUGACUUGAUGUUUCAUCGCUGCACUGAACCCGGAAUUGAAUGUGAAUGCCUGCCUAGAGAUACACACAGGCUUAGUAUAUAUAUAUGUAUUUAAUAGAAUUAUAUCACUGUAUUAUGAAAUAUUAUACAAAUAAAUGGAUGGUGUUUGCAUUAUAACCUCUCAAGUGUUUACUAUUUAUUUAUUAUUUAUUUCUAGUGGUUGCAGUUGAAACCCACUGACUAUCACAGCUGUGGUUUAAAGUAAAAGUAAAUGAGAGAUAAAUGAGAAUUCUACUUUAAAGCUACACAAUUGUUAAUUAAAACUCCACAAAAACUGAAAUGAAAUUAUUGUGGGUUAUGCUGUUGUAUGUUAAGUGUCUGGCCUCCAGGAUAACCAGGAGAACUGUUACAUGUGUGACAGCGUGGCAUAUGUUGGUGGAGAAAGUGUUGCUGAUGACAAAGUUUUGGCAGCAAGCAAACCACCUGUUACAUUCAUGUGCAAAAGAAAGUGCACCCUCUUCUAGUUCUAAGAUGUUCUAA